AUGGCCGUCGGACGCCAAUCCCCUAUGCCGAUAGAGAUCUCAAGCGACGACGAUACUGAAUCUGAGGUGGACGACGGUGUGGAAGACGGUCCAGUCAAUGUGUUGGCUGGGCGGGCAAUACAGACUCCGCCGCCGCAUGGGAGUUCGCUGGAGGGUCCAGAGUCUCCCCCUUACCGGAGUGCAACCCCGAUCGAUGUCUCAUCCACUGAUGAGACUGAUUCCGAUCUGGAGACGGGAACACCCAUCAGGCCCUCCAUGGCGGUUCCAAAGACCACGCCGAACGCAAUCAUUGCCGACGAUACGGCGCCAACGACCCCGUUGCGACCAGUCCUCGGGAGUCCUGUCAGCCUGGAAAGGUCACUGGUUGAAGAGCGACGGGGUCUACCCGCAACGGAGGAUAGGCAGAACUGGCGAGGUCUGCCAGACAUCGCAAAGCCGAUUGCACGAAAGAAAGGUCGGAAGUCCGACCGCGGGCGUCCGACCGCGGGCGUCCGACCGCGGGCGUCCGAAGUCGGGCGUCCGAAGUCGGGCGUCCGAAGUCGGGCGUCCGAAGUCGGGCGUCCGAAGUCGGGCGGUCGAUGUCGGAUGUCUGACAGCGGACGGACAUGUUUGACAGGAAAUCGUCCUGUAUUCGAAGUCCCCAAGAAGUCUACAAAUCCAAAUUCGUUCUUGGGAGGGGUGCCGGGACCAUCGCGCCCGAAGUCGAACGCCCAGCUGCAUGGAAAGGAUCUUCUCUUCGGCUUCAACGAUGAGUCUACGAACCCGAAUCCGUUCUCGCGAGGGGUGCCGGGACCAUCGCGCCCGAAGUCGGACGCCGAGCCGUAUGGAGCGGGUCUUCGCUUCCGCAUGAACGACGAGUUCAAAGGCCGAUCUCCUUUUGUGCGAGGGGUGCCUGGACCUUGGCGCUCCACCGUGGCGUCCACCGAGGAAUCUCAGUUUGAGGGCGAGUUCGUGAAGGGCCCCCGCUAUGACGCGCCCGUGCCUCGAAUGGUGGAACACGACAUUCAGCAAGGCGCGGUCCUCCGUGCGCGAUUGGAGGCUUUACGCGAGCUGCAGCGGGCCAACAGGCGGGGUGGCGAGAUUCUCGCAAAGAUGGCGAAAUACUACGGGACGGCGGACAAGGAGUAG